GUCUGUAAGUGGCAAGAGCGCAGUGUUGUGGAACUGUUAUCGGAGCUUUGUUGCUCGCACGGUUCGUUAUUUAUGUAACACGACUGUAACAUGUCUAAUCUCUGUCAGCUUCAGUGAAAGCUUUUCAAGGUAUAUCAAGGUUAUUUUUUACUAGCAUUUAGUCUCCUUAAUUACACUACAAACUCACAUAAACACCCUCAGUGCUCGUCACGAAAUUGGUAAAUACUGCCAGCUCUUUGCCCCUCGAGCUGUUUAGAAGACUACAAGGAAUGAAGCAAACUUAGUCUUAAAAACUAGGAAGUUAAGCUGCCAAAAAUAGACGCCAUCGAGCGUUCGGAUCGUUUGUGUGAAUAAUGCUGUAACUUGUCAGUUUUAUGUAUUCAGGUACAUGUUCCGUCACUGUCUUUGAUUUUAUAAUGCUGUUAAAAAUGAAUUGUACCCUUAACAUCUCUAUUCAAAUGCAGUAUCUCUGUAUUUUCGAGAUGGCAUUGAUUGAGAUGUCAGUGUGGCGACGCCACGCCCACUUUGUUAUAUUUGAUAUUAACAGAUAUUUAGUAUGAAAUGUGUUGUUUUGUUCUUGCUUUUAGUGUAGUUGUUUCUUAAUAUAGUUAGUGUAGAAUGUCACAUUUAUCACAGUCUUUAGAUACUUACAAGUGAAAAAUACAAGAUCCGCAAACCAAACACUCUAUUUCCUAGUGUAGCAUCCUUGAUAAAGUGCCAUGCAGGGAUGUCAUGGACGAAGUCACCUUUAAAAGUGACACUGUUCUGUCUGAUGUGCACCUGCUGUUGCCAAACUCUUCCCAUCUCAUGAAGAGACUCAAUGGUGUUGGACAACCAGUCUUCAUUUCCAAGUUCAGGAUUCUGCAGAAUUGUGAUGAGAAGGAUUCAAGCGUUGAUUCUCCCGUCCAUGAGCAUGAGAGCGAGGGAGCCGUUUUCUCAGAUCUUCCUCGGGAUGAAGAUGGAGAUCUAGAUGUGUUGAGGAGGCCUAGAAAUGGCACGUGCCACAGGGAUGCAGUGUGUCCUGUUAUUCUCAGCCAAUCCUCUACGACAUUGAGUGAGCAAGAUGAAGAUUCGGAGGAGGGAGAUGAUGUGUCCGACAUCAUCAGGAUUGAGCACACCAUGGCGACGCAUCUGGAGGAUGUUGGGAAACAGGUCUGGCGUGGUGCUUUCCUGUUGGCCGAUUUCAUCCUGUCACAAGUGAACCUGUUCAAAGGAGCCACUGUCCUUGAGCUUGGAGCAGGAACAGGAUUGAGUAGCAUUGUCAUGGCAAUGGCGGCCAAAACAGUGUACUGUACAGAUGUUGGUGUGGACCUCCUGAACAUGUGCCAGAGAAAUGUGAAUUUGAACAAGCAGCACUUUGAACCCCAAGAGAGCGAAAUAAGGGUGCGGCAGCUAGACUGGUUAGCGGACGAUUUCUGCACAGAUCCAGACUCGGAGUUCUGCUGGACUGAGGCAGAGAAAGCAGACCUGCAUGAUAAUACGGCUUUUGUGAUCGCAGCAGAUGUGUGUUAUGAUGAUGAUCUUACGGAUGGCCUGUUUAAAACGCUAUACAGAAUAACCAGCAACUUAAAGUGUCCAAGUAUAACCUACCUCUCCCUAGAAAAGAGACUUAACUUCACACUGCGACACAUGGAUGUGUCUUGUGAGGCAUAUGAUCACUUCCGUCACUGCCUAGACCAGUUAGAGCAGAUGACAGACGGAAAGAAUAAAUUUACAGUGGAAGCGGUGAAGAGCUCAUUCCCUCAGUUCUUUCAGUAUGAGAGAGUGGAACUGCUGGAACUGUGGAAGGUGACUGCUGAACGACUUUAACAUACUGUAUAGCUUUUGAGGUUCCUUUAGAACCAAUAAUAUUUUUUUGCAGAAUGAGCCUGUCUUGGGAUUUAAUAUUUUACAGAGUACACACUUUUUAUUUACACCAACUAGGCUACGGGUGUUUGCUUUUAGUUUUAAGCUUCAUUGGAAGAUAGUUACGAUACAAACACAAUGUCUUGUCAACUUGAUACAUUAAAUAGCAUGAAUGUGAAUGAUUUUCACUGACCUAAACCGUCAGAUUUGUUGAGUGUUAAUUUGCAAGUGAAUAAAUUAUGCACUAAAUCUUA